CCAUGACCUGCCGUCAGAGCACGUCAUCCCGUGACCAGCGACACCCCAUAUAACCGGCGCCGCACGAGCGGUGGAGGCAGAACGACUGUGAUACCCGUCCGAGGCCGACCCUCCCCGGAGCAUCAUGAAACUGCUUAUCAUCCUGCUGGCGGUGGCCGCCUGCCGCGCCGCUCCCCGGCCCGAGAAGCUGGAUGAGCUGGAAGCGCGUCAUCCCGACUUUGACGCCCAGAUCCUGGAGCAGAUCAACCAGCACACUGAGGACGGCGGCUACUCCCAACUGUUCCGCACGGAGAACGGUAUCGUACAGGAGGAGCAGGGUCAGUCGUACCCGGGCGCCGAGCCGGGCACCGGCAGCUACGUCAAACAGGGCGUCAUCGAGUACCCGCUCGACGACGGCAGCAUCCUGGUGCUCAACUAUGUGGCCGACGAGAACGGCUACGCGGUGCUGAACCCGGAGGCGCUGUCGCAGGCGCUGCCCACGCCGCCUCCGACCCAGUACCCGCCGCCGCAGGUGCCCGGAGCCGGUGUGCCCGUGCCGCAGCCGCUGCCCGAGUACAACCCGUUCCUGGGCCAGCAGUGAGCGCCAGCGACACAGCUUCACAGUCAUACACAUACAGACAAAGACAUUCACAUACAGACAUAUGAACGCAGACAAACACAAACCAGCAAAGCUAUAACCGCUCAAUGAGCGGCACACCAUCCCUUGUAUGCAGGCAGAGCAAUCUUGUUAUUGUGCAAUGCGAUGACUCAGUUAUGAAUAAAUGACAAUUAUACCUAGAA